AGAAAAGAUCAGAAUCUGCUUUCUCCGGUCAACUGCUGGUACCUGCUGCUGAACCAGGUGAGGAGGGAGAGUAAGGACCACGCGACGCUCAGCGACCUCUACCUGAACAACGUCAUCACGCGCCUCACACACAUCAGCGAGGACUCGGCACGCCUGCUGAAGAGGAGUAAAGAGAUCAUCUUCCAGCUUCAGGAAGAUCUCAUGAAGCUCCUGAACGAGCUUUACACCGUGAUGAAGACAUAUCACAUGUACCACUCGGAGACGGUCAACGCGGAGACCAAGCUGCGUGAGGCGGAGCGUCAGGAGGGCCGCGUGAAGGGCGUGUCGGGGACGGGCGGAGGGGUGGAGCCUGUGUUCGGCCUGCGGAUAGAGGAGCGCCACCAGAGACGCAACGCCGCACGCAAGAUGGAGAAGAUGAGAGAGAAGCGGAAGGCAAAGUACUCGGAGAACAAACUGAAGGCUCUUAAAGCGAGGAACGAGUACCUGCUGACGCUGGAGGCCACUAACGCCUCCGUGUUCAAAUAUUACAUCCACGACCUGCCGGACAUCAUAGACUGUUGUGACCUAGGGUACCACUCCAGUCUGAGUCGGGCUCUGAAGACCUACCUAUCAGCCGAACUGAGCCUUGAGGCCUCCAGGAGGGCGGGGCUGGAGGUGCUGGAGGGCGCCGUCGAGGGCCUGGACCCCGCCCGCGACAGGCAGCGUCUGCUGGGCCUCUACCCCACCGCCUUCUGCCCCCCGCAGCGCUUCAGCUUCCAGGCCCACAUGGGCGACGCAGUGACCCAGAUCGCCUCCCAGCCUCAGGUCCAGGCCGAGCUCUCCCUCCGUCUCACUCAGCUCCAGACCCGCCUGGCGUCGCUGAAGAUCGAGAAUGAAGAGGUGAAGAAGACCUGGGGUGCGACCCUGACGACGCUGCAGGACGUGACGGUUCUGGACAACUACGACGUCUCCCAGAGCUUCACCCACAGCCCGUCCUCCGAGUCGGUCAAGUCCAGCGUGUCGGACGGUUACUUGAACAAACCGAGUCUGGCCAAGAGACGGGCCAAUCAUCAGGAGACGGAGCUGUUCUACUUCAACAAGUUCCGCGAGUAUCUGGAGGGGAGUAACCUCAUUUCCAAACUUCAGGCCAAACACGACAUCCUGACGAAAGCUUUAGCAGAAGGUUAUAAAGCUGAUCUGCUAACCACGAGUCGUGGGCGUAAGAACUCUCACAGCAAACACCAGGACUCAACCAAAGCCAUACCCCUGCUGGUGGAGAGCUGCAUCCGCUACAUCAAUCUACACGGUCUCCAGCAUCAGGGCAUAUUCCGGGUGUCAGGAUCUCAGGUGGAGGUCAACGAUAUCAAGAACUCCUUCGAAAGAGGUAACGACCCGCUGAUUGACGAGGAGAGCAACCAUGACAUCAACUCUGUGGCUGGAGUGUUGAAGCUCUACUUCAGGGGUUUGGAGAACCCGCUGUUCCCCAAGGAGAGAUUCAACGACCUCAUCUCCUGCGUCCGAAUAGAAAACCUUUACGAGAGAGCGCAGUGCGUCCGUAAGAUCCUCCUGGGCGUCCCGAGGGCGACGCUGGUGGUGAUGCGUUAUCUGUUCGCCUUCCUCAACCAUCUUUCCCAGUACAGCGAUGAGAACAUGAUGGACGCUGGGAACUUGGCCAUCGUGUUUGGCCCCACCCUCCUGCCCACGCCGGACACGCUGGACCAGGUGGCGUGUCAGGCGCACGUGAACGAGGUCGUCAAAACCGUCAUCCUGCACCACGACAACAUCUUCCCCGACACCAAGGACCUGCCCGGGCCGGUUUACGAGAAGUGCAUGACCGGAGAUCAGUACUGCGAGAGUCCGUUCAGCGAGCCGGGAGCGCUGGAGGAGGCCGAGCCCGACGCCGGCACCGAGACCCAGACCAGCGACGAGGAGGGCGAGGGCGUGGAGGCGGUGGCGAGGUUCGACUACGUGGGCCGCUCCGGCCGCGAGCUCUCCUUCAAGAAGGGAGCGUCGCUGCAGCUCUUCCAACGAGCGUCACAUGACUGGUGGGAGGGGCGACUCAACGGCAACCACGGCCUGGUGCCUCAUCAGUACAUCGUGCUGAAGGACAGGGCCGACGUCAUGUCCGACACUCUCAGUCAGAAGGCGGACAGCGACGGCGGCAGCAGCAGCACCGACGACAAGAGGUCCAGGAGCGAACUGAGCUCCCCCACCGACAUCAGACCUCCGGAGACCUUUAACAGGUCCGUGAUUCACAGGAGGAAGAGAACCGACGGUUUGUUCCGACGUCCGCUCGGCCGCUCCAACGACAACCACGGGAACGGGAGUGUGAUGGAGCGAAGCUCUCCGCCCGUGACGGGUCACUUCAGUCCAAGGGAGCUGCUGCUGGGGCGUGGUCAGGGCUUGACCCCGCCCCUCGACAGCCCAGAACGCCGCCGCCGCUCUGCUGCCGUGACGAUGACCGUGAGCCGACAUGAUUCGCUGCGAAGACCAGAGGACACGCCCAUCCGGCGCUCAAGCAGCGGGCAACACGGCUUCAGUGACUCCCAUCGAACCAGAGGACUGGACCCUGACACACUGGCACAGGACAUCGAGGAGACGGUGACGGUAGCGCUGGGCGAGCUGCGGCAGCUGGAGCGUCAGGGCUGCCGGCCGGCGCCCGACGUGGUGCUGGACACUCUGGAGCAGGUGAAGAACGGCCCCGUCACCACCUGCUCCUCCGAGUCUCCCAGCCCCCACAGCACCCCCAGCACCCCGGGCACGCCUGGAACCCCGGGCACCCCCGGGACCCCCGGGACCCCGGGCACCCCGAGCCCCCUCAGUCCUCUGAGCCCCAUCAGCCCGCUCCCUGGGCCCCCGCCUGGACCCCCCAGACCCGCCAACCCCUCCCCUGACGCCCUGGGCUCUUUCAAGCCCGUGGCAGCCGCCCGCAUGGGGGCUCCGCUGAGACCCCCCGCCCUGAGGCCCAAGCCGAUAGUCCCCCCUAAGAGCAGCACCCCGCCUCUGCCCCCACCACUGGACAAAUCCUGCACCAUGUGAGCCAAACCAGGCCGAUAAGAGGCCGAAUCAGGCCGACCCGGGCCAAAACUGGGCCAGAAGAGGAGAUCAGGGUACUGCUUAAUGUUUAUAAUCAACAUGAGGGUAGAAAGGGUAGAAAGACGAGAGGGUUUUAAUGUAGUAAUAAAAUAUAAUAUAUGAGCUAUGAUAUGAUAUGCCAUGAUAUUUAUGUGUUGUCAGGUCGGUGUGUACUCUCUAGGUGUGUAGGAGUUUUCUUUCUCCAUGUGUUGAAGCAUUUAUCAAAGGUUAGCUAAAGGAAGGAGCGUCCUGUGUCCGAGGUCACAGUCAGAGAGACGUGGGGACUGAAGUCCAGCUCCAGUAAAAUGUAGUUUCAGUGACGUGAAUGUUGGCUGUGCUGUCAUGACGAUGAAGAGCUGCUGUUUUCUUUGAAAAAAAAAACAAAAAAAAACUAUCCUGAUUGGCUGCUGCAUCUGUGACGAGGGAACGACGGGUCGGAGGGACGAGGACGCGGCAGAGCGAAGGGACACUGGUUCAACGACGUCUGUGAGACUUCUUAUUUUUUUAUGUUACGACUCGGUUCAGCUGCUACGCUCACUUUCACCUCAAACCACGAAAACGCCUCUUGAGGUCGUCAGUGACACCAAACUCACGUUACUUUGCCAAACGUCCAGAUAUUUAAUGAAUGUUUCCUGUAUUUAACGACUGUUCAGCCAUUUAAUGAAUGUUCAGAGAGCUGCUGCGGCGACUCACUAAACUUUUUUAAAAACAGCCUUUUUAUGUUUUCUCGGAGGGGAAAAAAAAAAAAAAAAACCCACGCCCGGACCCGAGCUUCAAACAGGGUGAUGGUCGACUGGUGGAGGUUGGACUGAGCUUUUCUGGGACGGGGGGGGGGGGGUGUGUGGUGUUAUUCUGGUUUGUGUGUGUGUGUGUGUGUGUGUGAGAGAGAGAGAGUGUGUGUGUGUCCUGCUUGCCUGCCCUUGUUCUGCUCCCUUGUUAAGUGCAGAAGCACUAGAAUAGUGAUAGACGAUAGAUAAUUCAUGCCUGCCCUGAGUGCCAGAACACGCAAGUGCAAGUUUGGAAAGCGAGUGCAAAGAAGCAUGCCACUUCCUGUGUGUAUUUCUGUGUGUGUGCGUGCGUGUGUGUGUGUGUCCGAACAGUGGUUUACUUGCUUGUUAGACUCAAGUCACUAGUUAACCUUAAAUUCACAAUAAGCUAACAGGGUGGGGCUCCGUGUGUAAACGCCCAAAAAAACACUUGAACAGCACACUGAAUGUGGCCUCCAACCGGGCUGGUGAUUCACAUGAGACGUGACGUGCGUGUGUGUGUGUGAGUGUGUGUGUAUGUGAAAGUGCCUUUUUUUUUAAUCCUUGUCUUUUUUGGGGAGUUGUGAAUCCACUCACGCAUGUCCUGAACCAAGAGCAGCAGCACUCCGAAUGAAAUAAUCAUAAAAGUGUUUAGUAGAUUUACUGAAUUAUGAAUUCUAGCAUUAACCCAUUGUGACAUUGCACUUUGAUGUAUAGGGUCGUGUACUUGGCAUGUAGCAUCAUCACAUGUUGGUGCAUUUUAACUCGACGCUGGGAGGUUUCUCUGAAUGUGUUUGAUAAUUAAGGAAAUGGUUUUUGUCCGUUAGUGUUGCUGUAUUUGAAACCUGAGCUUCCUAGAGACGAGCUCAUAUAGCCAAAUGGAUUGUAUCAACGUGUUGUAUUUAUAUUAUAAAUAAAAGCCGAACAAAUUAGCAUUCAAGUCAUCAACUGAACGAACCUUUAUUUAAACGAAACGUCGCUG